CGUAUCCGCGCUCCAGUCGGCGGCCGUGCCUUCUGCAUCCGCGCGCGUGCUGUCGUAUACCCGUCAGACUUUACCGCAUCGCGGUUCUGAGACAAAGAGAAAGAGAGAUUUUUAAUUCUCGGGAAACGCACGGGCGACACCGAAUACUAGCACGGGGUGCGUCGGGGUCGACUCGCGUCAGAAUGCGGAUCCCGAUCGUACUGAUCCUCGGGGUGUUGGCUGUCUGCGCCGUCAACGGUAGCGUCAUACCCGACAAAGCUCUAUCCGCGAGCCUGCAGGAUGUGCUGUACGAAGAUGAGUUCAUUAUCGCGUUGUCCAACAUCAAGGACAGAAGGAAGCACUUCACCGGUACGAUUGAGACUCUGUUAGCUGUAAAAUAUCACGGCACGAAAACAAAACUGGUGCUCUUACUCGAUCGGCGAACAAAGCGCGUUAUACUUGAGAGUCUCGAUCACUCUGGUCGGCGCAGUGCCUCGCACGUCAACGUGGACAGUCUCGCGGUAAACACCCCUCUGCAGAGUUUGAUUAUCCUGGUGCAUCAGGCGCAGCCUAAUCCCCGUGUGGACGUGUACGUCGACUGUAUUUACGAGGGCUCUAUACCGUUCAAGAAAACUUUCCGCGACAUAGCACAGACCGAGGACAGUUCGUCCGUGGAAGUAUUGAGAGAACGAAAAUGCCGGCUGAAAGUGUAUCAGUCCGCAACCAUCACCGAGGUGUUAAGAAAAGAGCAAUGCCCCGACAAUCUAGAUGAUAUGAAGCAACCUUCGAUAUUCGACACCGGUGUACCGAAAACACAACCUAUUGAUUCCGAUAAAAAUGAAACGAAAUCUAUUGAUCGAUCUGAUGGGAUCGACACAAGUGAUGGAAUGAACGGAGGGGGAUCAAGUAUACCAGAUCAGGAUAACGGUCUUCCAUCUUCCGGUAAGAAACAUCCCUGGGAUCACAAGAAACCUUUCGACAAGAAGGAUCACCGUGAUCGUCCGAGCGAUCGCGAUCGAUCCAAGAAGAAAGAUAGCUCAGGUCAUCCAGAAGACAAAAGCAAAUCAGAUAAAUAUGGUCCAAAUGACUCUUUCGAUCCAUUUUCUCCUGCGAAAUCAAGUGACACGGAUGAUUACUCAGACGGAUCUCGACCUGCUAAACCCGAUCAGUCGAGUUCGAGGCUCGAUAAACCGGAUCAAUCAGGUCCUACUAAACAACCUAAUGAAUCGGGUCCUUAUGAUUCUAACGAGAAUCCUUUUUCAUCAGACGAGUCUGUUGAGUUUGGAUCUUCCAAAAGUCCCAAACGACCUGGUCGAAGUCCGUACUAUGGCCAGGACAAAUACUCUUAUCCGAGUCAGGUAGAUACGCCGGAUUCAUCGGAUGAAUCGUCCGCGAAAAGAGUGCCCAGGAGAGGUGACAUCGGAAUCCAGAGUCUGGAUGAGAGAGUCUGCCAGACUGACGAUCAAAUUGUGAAAACCUUGAACGAAUUAAUCAACGCUACCAGGAAACUCUGGAGGGAACUGGAACUAAAUAGAAUGGAAACCCAGCAUCUUCGUCAUUUGAUCGAAAACUGCGCGGCGUGUCGUACACCCAUCGUGACAACACCGCAGCCGUCCACGUGCGACCAUAACUCCCCAUGCUACCCCGGCGUCGAUUGCCGUAACACACCGAGCGGACCCGAAUGUGGUCCCUGUCGUCGCGGUUACACCGGAGACGGACGGAUCUGCUCCAAAAUUCACGUCAUCACCUGCAUUCAACGGCCGUGCUUCCAGGGAGUGAGGUGCUACGAUGACGACAAUGAUGGUUACAGAUGCGGCAGAUGUCCAAGCGGAUACGUUGGCGACGGUGUAAAAUGCGAGAGGAUGAGAAACCCCUGUGACCAUCACCCCUGUCAUCCAGAAGUUAAAUGCUAUCCCACUCAUAGUCCACCGUAUUUCAAAUGCGGCUCAUGUCCACUGGGAUACGUGGGCAACGGCACGGUCUGCCUAGACGCAAAUGAAUGCGAGCUGGCGCGACCCUGUCAUCCCGGCGUGCGAUGCAUUAAUCUCCAUCCUGGAUACAGGUGCGACCGAUGCCCGACAGGUUACACAGGACCGAUGACGGAAGGCGUCGGCAUCGAGAUAGCCAGGGCGCGGAAACAGAUCUGCCAGGACAUAAACGAGUGCGAGAUCAACAACGGCGGAUGUAAUCCCUAUUCGGAGUGUAUUAACACGGAGGGAUCCUUCAGAUGCGGCCCAUGUCGAAGUGGUUACAUUGGCAAUCAAACGGCGGGAUGCCAUCUUCAGCAUGACGUCUGUCCAGAUAUGGUGACGGUCUGCGAUGUCAAUGCUCAUUGUAUCUCCAUGUACAUCAACGAAUAUACAUGCAAGUGUAAUGUCGGUUGGGCCGGAAACGGGCAUUUCUGUGGUCCCGACAGCGACAACGACGGAAUCCCCGACAGGAGCCUUCGCUGCCACGACCGUCGCUGUCAUGCUGACAAUUGUCCAACGGUACCAAACAGCGGCCAAGAAGAUGCUGACGAGGACGGAACCGGCGACGCUUGCGACGAUGACGCCGACAACGACGUCGUAUUGAAUCUGGGCGACAACUGCCUGCUUAUUUACAAUCCGAACCAACUGGACAGCGACAACGACAAGAUUGGCGAUGCCUGUGAUAAUUGCCCGUUGAAUUGGAAUCCGCAUCAAGAGGACUAUGACGACGACGGCGAGGGCGACGCGUGUGAUGACGACCUGGAUGACGACGGUAUAUACAACCCUCAAGAUAACUGUAUGAGAAUAAAGAAUCCGAACCAGCGCGAUAGUGACAUGGAUGGUAUCGGCGACGCUUGCGACAAUUGUCCUGACAUUAGCAAUCCUGACCAAAGAGACAUCGAUGCCGACGGCGUUGGAGAUGUUUGCGACACUAACGCGGAUCGCGACAGGGACGGUAUCCAGGAUGACAAGGACAAUUGUCCGGACGUACCGAAUCCCGGACAGAACGACGUGGACCGCGACGGCGAGGGCGACGAAUGCGACGACGACAUCGACGGAGACGGUGUGCCCAACAGGAUCGAUAACUGUCUUUACGUCUACAACCCGGAUCAGCGUGACCUUAAUCACGACGGCAUUGGCGACGCAUGCUGGAACGACAAUGACAACGACACGAUCAUCAACAUCCACGACAACUGUCCCAAUAACAGUAAAAUAUGGGCGACCGACUUCCGUAAAUACGUUACGAUCGCUCUCGAUCCCUAUGGUACCUCGCAACAGGAUCCCGUAUGGAAAAUUCAUCAUCAAGGUGCUGAGAUUCAACAGCUUCUUAACAGCGACCCCGGAAUCGCGAUAGGACCGGACGAACUUACUAACGUGGACUUUGAAGGAACCUUCUACGUCGAUAACCACGACGACGAUGACGAUUUCGUGGGCUUCGUCUUCUCUUAUCAGGAUAAUCGACAUUUCUACGUUGUUUACUGGAAGGGAGGUGAGCAGGUUUACUGGGAACCAGCUCCAUUCCGCGCUGAAGCCGAACCCGGAGUUAUAUUAAAACUCGUCCAGUCCGAUACUGGACCGGGCGAGAUGCUGCGAAACAGCCUCUGGCACAAGGAAGACACACCCAAUCAGGUGAGGGUCCUGUGGAGGGAUCCAAACAAAAUCGGCUGGCAGCCAAGAGUGUCGUACAGAUGGCAUCUGUUGCACAGGCCUAACAUCGGCCUGAUUAGAUUUUGGCUAUAUCAGGGCACGCAGCUGGUAACCGACUCCGGAAAUGUGUUCGAUUCGACUCUGCAAGGUGGUAAACUGGGUGUCUAUUGCUUCUCGCAAGAGAGGAUCACCUGGUCGGAUUUAAUGUACAAGUGUACAGACCCCGUGCCUAAAACUGUGUGGGAUGAAUUACCUGAUAAUGUGAAGAGAGAAGUUCAGGUGGAAAUUGCUAGCAACCAUCAACAGCAAAUAAGCCAACGCAGAAUGAAUUACGAGUUCUAAAACAGACUCAGUGAUUUAUUUUCGUGACAGCGAGUAAAGCGAAGAAAUCAAAUCUAAAAAUUUCCAUAAUUUUAAAAUAAUCAAAGAGCUGAAAGCGAAUUAUAAUCAAUUAUAAUAAAACGUCAAAAUAGCGCACUUUUAAAUAAACUUAAUUUCCGUAAAUUCAAAAUUCUAUAAUAAAUUUUGUAUAUUUUACAUACAUAUAUAUAUAUAUAUCUUGUAACAAAGAUAUUUAAAAUUUCACAAAGUGAGGAAUAUAUUUCUCCUAUUUAACCUAUUAAUCAAUUUUUAGAAGUAUUUAGUAUUUAGAAAAAAUUAUAUUAUCUCAGUUUCAAUAUCACUAUAAAAUGAAACGUACUUACCUUGUGCGGCUGUAGAGAAUAAUGAAGUCACGAUGUAUCGAUUAACAUGUACGUUAACUAUAGUCUGAGAUGUAUGGAAUCAUAAUGAUUUUAAUAAUCUUGCAUUUAUUUGUACUCGUAUUUCUCUAAGGUGCAACAUGCAUAAAAAUUUAUUUUUCUUAUUUAAUAGAGCAAAAUAAAAUCGUCAAUACUCAAA